AUGGACCCUCUGGCGCAAGAGAAUCCUCCAGAAGCACCUCUAGCGCAACCUAUUGUGUUACCUACACAGAUGAUGAUGUAUAGUCAGUUACCGAUGCCACCUCCAAUGACUCUCAAGGGGAUCCUGGCAGAGAACUGGACUUUUUUCAGAGAGAGUUGGGAGAGUCAUGAGAUAGCGACUGAACCUGAUAAGAAACCCAAACUAGUCAUUUUGGAAACUCUUAAGAUAGUUCUGGGAAGAGAAACUUACCAAAUAGCUAAAAAUCUGCCUGUAGCUGAUCGCACAGAUCCUGAUAGUUUCUUGCAGGCCCUGACGCAGUAUUUUGAACCACAAAGGAAUACUAUUUUUGAGCGUUACCUGUUGAAGAAUGCCAACCAAGAAAAUGGAAACAUCGAUCAAUACCUGAACUGACUGCGAAAGCUAG